CUUGUUCUUAGACACAACGAUAAACCUUGAAUUUUUCGAGAGUCUUGCAAAUCAAUCAAAAAUGGUGCAAAACAUAAAAGAUACCUCGAUGUAUCUCUUGGAGAGAAAUCCCCUGUGGAAGUCAGUCAAGCCAUAUGAUCUCAAGUUCAGCCCACCCGAGGGUUUUCCGAAGAGCAACGCUGUCCCACGCAAGCAUGACGGGAUCCAGGUAGAAGACAUUCGUGGGAGGGAACACGAGUUUUCUCUUGCGAAAAAUGGGUUCGCAUUGAUUCCCAUGGACGUAUCCAUGUCCGUCCAGGAUUUCGAGAAUUUCAACGGUGAUGAGCUGAGUUCUCGAUUUUUCAAACCUGUUGCCGACUCGCUGAAGAUAUUCCUGGGAGCAGAGCGAGUCCAGGUUUUUGAUUUCCAGGUCCGGAAAAGUCAUCCUGAAUUUCCAAUAUCAACAGGAGGAACAUACCAAUUUCAGCAGCCAUCUACCAUCUUACACGUUGACACAACACCUGCAUUUACCAAAGAACUUGUCGAGAGGUACAAUCCAGAUACGCUUAAACUGAAAAGCAGACGAUAUCAGUAUGUCAAUGUUUGGAAACCUCUCAGGGGGCCGGUCAAAAGCUGGCCGCUUGCAGUAUGCGAUAAUACUACUGUCGACACGGCGAACGAUCUACAAGCGCGCGACAUAGUCUACCCAGAAGAUGUCGUCGAAUCAUAUCAGGUGCACUUCAAUCCUAAGCAUAAAUUCUAUUACGUAUCUGGUCAGCAGACAAAUGAGGCUUGGGUCAUGCUGCAAUCGGAUUCUGGAGGCUGGACUGGUACACCGCACACAGCGUUUCCAAACCCAUGGGCCAUUCAUGAUGCUCAAGGACGGGAGAGUGUGGAAGUUCGUGCGUUGGUCUUCUAUGAUGAAGAGGAUCACCUAGCGACAACCCCCGAGACUCUCACAAGCCUCACAUAGGUAGGAUUCGUAUUCGCACAGGUUGUUUGAAGUUUAGCUAGGAGCCAAGACAUAAACAGGAUGGAAAAGAAGUCACG